AGGCUGGAAGACCCUGCUAUGUCCUUCCAGAGCACCCUACGCCUGUCCCUGGACAGCCCUACCCAUGCUGUUUGUGUCUUGGGCAUGGAAACCAGCUUGGACAUCAGUGGGUGUGCCCCCAAGAAGUGCGAGUUCUUCACCAUCCGUGGCUCUCCCAGGGUCUUGAUCCAUGUCUCCAGUGUAGUCAUUACUGGCAAAGAGGACGCUGUGGUCUGGCGGUCCCUGUACCAUCCCACCGAGGCUGUGGUGAGGAUGAUGUCACCCAGCCCUGAAGUGGACGAUGACAAGGUGCUGGUCUCGUACUACUGUCCUGAUGAGGAGGUCCCUAUGGCCACAGCUAUGCUGUACCUUACGGGCAUUGAGGUCUCCUUGGAGGCAGACAUCUACCGUGACGGACAGCUUGACAUGCCGAGUGAUAAGCAGGCCAAGAAAAAGUGGAUGUGGGGCCCCAGUGGCUGGGGAGCCAUUCUGACUGUGAACUGCAACCUCGUCAACAUGGAUGAGCUGGUCAACAAGGACAACAGCAACAUGGUGAUCUCCAAGGAUAUAAAGACACUGUCCCGGAUGACUCUGAGCGUGAAAGGCCCUAGCUGCAUCUUAAAGAACUACCAACUGGUCCUCCACACCUCCAAGGAAGAGGCAAGCAAGACGCGAGUCUAUUGGCCCAACAAAGACACCACCUACGCCUUUGAGCUAGUGCUGGGGCCUAACAAGCACUUCUACGCGUUGCCCCCCCUCGAGGACCACGGCACCGAGACCUUCUACGUGGAAGCCACGGAGUUCCCAUCCGCCAGUUUCUCUGGCCUGAUCUCCUUCUCUGUCUCCCUGGUGGAAAGGUCUCGAGAUGUGUCGAUCCCAGAGAUCCCAAUAUACAAAGACACUGUGGUAUUCCGAGUGGCUCCAUGCAUCUUCACCCCCAGUACCCAGAUGCCUCUGGAAGUGUACCUGUGUAGUGAGCUUCAGCUCCAGGGUUUUGCGGACACGGUCUCAAGGCUGAGUGAGAGGAGUGAUGUGCACGUCGUUUCUGUCUACGAGGACCCCAGCCGCCUGGGCCGGUGGCUUCAGGAUGAGAUGGCCUUCUGCUAUACCCAGGCUCCUCAUAAGACGGUGUCCCUGGUCCUCGACACCCCCCGGGCCACCGAGCUGGAAGACUAUCCUAUGAAAUACUCACUGAGCCCUGGUAUUGGCUACAUGACCCAAAACACUGAGGACCACCAGGUGGCCAGCCUGGAUUCUAUCGGGAACAUGAUAGUGUCGCCACCUGUCAAGGCCCAAGGGAAGGAGUACCCCCUAGGCAGGGUCCUCCUUGGCAGCAGUUUUCAUCCCAGCCCAGAGAGCCGGACCAUGAGCAAGAAGCUUCGAGACUUCCUCUGGGCCCAGCAGGUGCAGGCUCCGGUGGAGCUCUUCUCAGAUUGGCUAAUGACUGGUCACGUGGAUGAGUUCAUGUGCUUUGUCCCCAUUGAUGACCAUGAGGACAGAAAGGGCUUCCGGCUGCUACUGGCCAGCCCCAGUGCCUGCUAUAACCUACUGCAAGAGAAGCAGAAGGAAGGCUAUGGGGACGCAACCCUGUUUGGAGAAGUCAGAACCGACCAGCUCCAUUCCAAUGGGAGGGAAGCCAGAACCAUCACUCAGCUCCUGACUGACAAGAGCUUGCGAAAGCAGAAUGACUACGUGGAGAAGUGCAUCUGCCUGAACCGCACGAUCCUGAAGAAGGAGUUGGGCCUGGUCGAGAAGGACAUCAUUGCCAUUCCUCAGCUCUUCUGCCUGGAGCAACUGACUAAUGUCCCCUCCGACCAGCAGACCCCGAAACUCUUCGCAAGGGCAUACUUCCCUAAUAUGCUGCGGAUGAUCGUGCUGGGCCAGAAUCUGGGGAUCCCCAAACCCUACGGGCCUCAAAUCAAGGGUACCUGUUGUCUGGAAGAAAAGAUGUGCCGCUUGUUGGAGCCCCUGGGGCUCAAGUGCACCUUCAUUGAUGACUUUGACUGCUACCUGGCCGACAUUGGAGACUUCUGCCCCUGCGUCAGCGUCCGACGGGCACCCUUUGCCUUCAAGUGGUGGAAAAUGAUGCCCUAG